CAACUAUAUAUGGUGCAAAAAGGUUUUUGUGCGUACGUACGUGCGUGCGUGGGUGUGAGUCUAACACCUUAUGCAAUGCAUCAUGUCUUCCACAGCCAAGAAAGAGGAGCCUCCGCUGCUGUGUUCGUUGGACGGUCACUACAGCUUCCCCUAUCCUGUACAGAUGUGCUCCUACAUCAUCUUCCUUUCGGCCACGAUUGACGUGGACAGCGGCAAAGUCAGACCACUAGCGGGAACGGAAGCGCAGUACUUGGCGUUCAAGGACGCGAACAAAACCGGUGAACUGAAGAAGCUGCUCUCCUUCCGCUACGAUGACGUCUCAUCCAGGGCCGCUGACGAAAUCAACGCAGGGUUUGUCAAGGUGCGCUCCAAAGUGUUCCACGGCAUCGACAUUCGCAUCACGGAAUUUGACCCUACUUGGCUCAAGCUCCUCACGGAUCUUCGAUUACUCGCUGAUCAAAAUGGCUACCUUAUCCACGUAGUCUUCGACGUGCCCGUUGGUAUGGAGAUAAGCCAAGUACACAUGGCCACCCUCCGGGUCUACAAGCCACUGUCACAGGGGCCGUACAGGGCGUCACCCAUUCAGACCUUGACACAAAUUGAGCAAGCCGUGGACAAAUACAGCAAGGAGGUCCUUCUUAGUGGAGCAGGACAACUGGCGUCGAGUGCCUGGCACUGCGUCGGCUUAAGUCUCGCUGCCGUUGCCUUCCAAAGCACCGGAGACCUCGAGGACGAAGCUGUAGGAAUCAAGAGGCUCAGCUACUGCGAUUUCAACCGCAACAACAGCAAGAAGAUUCCUUUUGACGUAUCAUACUAUACCACAUCCUAUAAGAACGACCUGGUUGUCUUCGAGCAGGAUAAAGAAUUCACCGAAAAGCUGAAGGCUAUCACCAAGCUCUCCAAGUCAUGCGUUCUCUUGGACCACGUGUACUACGACUACCACCAUUGCGAAUGCGACCAGCCCAACUUCAAACUACUGCGAGCCACACGCCGUGUCCUCUGGGGCAGCUCUGCAAGGCAGUACUGAGGGCCGAGCAGACAUCAGGGGGCCGUGCUUCAAAGAACGCGCACUGCGCAGAUUUUUCGAACUUUAUGACACUUUAUUGUACUUGUAUUACAGGAACUAUGAGUGCUAAUAGAGUAAGAAAUAAUUAGUUCAAUGCUACCACACAUUUCGAAUGGUGCUGGUGUUCGAUAUUUAUAUACAAGCUUCGUGCUAUCCGUGAAAAGCCUGUAUAUAUUUCUCAUCUCCGACCUUUCAAGCAUUUUGUGGCAUUUUUGCUACUGUGUGUCAAAUCGCCUGCUCCUAGCUUCUUUGACGUAAUUUUCUGAUAGCUGGAAAGGCAAGAACGUCAGUCGCUGUAAGUUCGCCAAGGCUGGGAGGCCGGUAAGAAUACGAUAAAAUGGAAUUCUUUUGCGAGUAGUUUUACUUAUUAAGUCUGAUGAGGAAACACGAUUUGUACACAGACAAUGUACGUUACAGGUACGUCUUGGUUCUGGAUGAUGUUGAGUGUGGUAUUGCUACUUCUGCCUUCUCGGAAAUGGUGACAGGUUGCCGGCGAGUCUGUGACGACGAUGAUCGGCACGUCCCAUAGGCAGGUCCGCAUGGU